AUGAAAGGGAAACUACAGUCCCUACAUGGAAAGAUUGAGCAGCUGCUUCAAUCUACCAAAGCCUCUUCUACUGAAGAUUAUGCAAAUGAAGCAUUGAAGAGUCUAGGAUUUCUCUUCAAGAUUGAAAAGACGAAACUCCAAGAGCUUCGGACCGGUCUUAAAUCCGACCAUGAAUCAUUUCAAGCCACUCUUUCAUCUCAGCUUUCUCAGCUUAAGGACGAACUUGUAAAGGAAAGUUCUCUCAAAGAUUCUAUUGCUCUUAAAACCGAAGAAGGCAAGGUGUUAACCACCAAACUUGAGGCUUCGGAGACACAAGUCAAUGAUCUGUUAUAUGAGAGGGCAGUCAUGCGAAGUUGUAUCACUGAUGUUGUUAGCAUGCUCCUGAAAAUCAUUGAGGCCAGCGACUCAAUGAUUACCAUCAGAAUGUGUAAGCAUCAGCAAGAAAAAUUAAGGCCUAUCUUUGACAUGCUUCAUUGCCUUGAAGGGUUUUCUGAUCAAGACUUUAAUCCAAACCAAGGGGAGAAUGGUUGA